AUGCAGAGAUCAGGCAGUGUUAAUAUAGAAGUGUCGCGGUUCAGUAGCAUUGACGGUGUGCUGGGUGCGGAGGAUACACGGGUGCACAGGAAGACCAGGUCUGAAGUAGUGUUCACUACUCCGGUGAAGGAGUCUGCCAGCCAGCACGCGACGCCGCCUUCUACGUUUAGCGUUUUAUUCAGUGCGGAGAAGAAGUCUCAGGAGUCUCCGGUGAGCCGUCACUCCCCCAACGACCUGUUCCAGAUGAAGAACAAGCUCAAUAAGCUCGCGUUUAAGUUCUCCCUGGAUAUUGGUGCCGAUGGGAAAGCAGCCAUUGUCAACGGUGGUAACAGCAGUGCCCCUGCUUCGGUGAAGAAAGAGGAUCAGGACACGAAAGCUGAGGAUAAGGUGCCUGAGAAAGAAGAAGAGAGUGAGGACUCCGCUGCUACAAAGACAAGAAUACUAAGUAUCUUGAAACAGAUGAGAAAUAACAACAAGAAGAGAAGGACUAACGAUGCUUCCCCCAAGAGGAUCACUAAGGCGAGCCAGAUCGUCUCCAGCGUGUCGAGUUCUCCUUCAAAGAAGUUGAUCCUGCCUCCAACCACUCAAUUAGUGAGAGACAAAGUCACUAGCAAUUCUGGUUCGAAACUGCCCACUUUGCUAGUCACAGAAACACAGUCCCCAUCAACUCCAAAACCUGCUCCUUUGCUCCCUAAUGAUUGUAACGUUACGCCGGGAUAUAACAUGAUCGACCAGGCACUUUUGAGUAGGCCAGGUUCAAAAUUUGCUUCACCAAACGGACUAAGUUUCUCACCAAGGAAUAGAUUGCUGCCAAGGAUGAGUAUUAGUGGUGAGAAGAAAUUCUCCAAAGGGUUUUCACCAAGGGGUCUUACGGAUACAACUAACGGGAAUAGCUUGGAUAGCUUCCUAAUGGGUAAUGAUCUUGAAAACAACUGGUCAGAUCUUUACUUCAACCAAGCUCAGACGAACGGUGCAUCAAGAAGAAACAGUGUACAAUUUUCUGUCAACGGCGCUUCAUCUCCUAACUGGUUCAAGUAUGACUCUGCUAAUAUCACAUUAAGCCCUCUAAGAAACUUAGAAAACAUCCAGAAUCAAAACACUAACGGCAACAAUAACCCAACAUCCAUCAUCUCUUCACCAGUGUUUAUUCGCCACGAUGAUACAACUGAUGAGAAUCAAAUAAUGAGAAUAAAUCAGCACGAGAAGGAACAUUAUAAGCAACAAAACCAAUCCUUUCUACAGAAGUUGACCUCAUCAUACAGCCAACCAAAUGGUGACACUAAUCAAAUAACCAUGUCUCACAUUUACCGUACAUUACACAAUAACUCUAAGGCUCCAAAUAGCGCUGGUAUCGCUGCUGGACACGAUAACCUCGAAGACGAUGCAAGUUCUGCACUAAAGACAUUAAUUAAAUAA